GGACCAGACUGCAGCUGAGAGUUUAUUGAGUAGGGGAUCAAGCAUCUCACUAAGCACCUUCCCAGGAAAGAGGGACUGAAGGAUGGAAACUGAAAAUGAAAAGAUCUGCUUUGUUUUCCUUAAACUGCUGAUGAGCCAGACAGAUGUUUGCCUGUAAGUGAUGUGAACCUAUUUAAUCUACUAAAACAAACCACACCAUAUUGAAGGCAAUGCCUCUCUUUUUUCCUUGAAACCUUCUACGUGGCACUCUGUUUACUUUUAAAGAGCCACAUGAGGAAACAAUACUGAUAAUAAUAUUGGUUGCGUCCAUCUACAUUCCUUUCUUUUGGAAGAGAUGAUCCUGGCUUCCCAGUUGGUCUUCCUCACCUGUAUCUGGAUCACACUGACGCCAGAUGUUUUUGCUGCUUCUGAAAUCAAGAAGUCCUACCAGCGGUGCUCCGCUUCAGUGAAAAGAGCCCGGGAGAGCAAACAAGAAACCAGAAUGAGAAACAAUGACAGCACCAAAGCAUGGCUCCUGAAAUACAAACAACUUCUCCAUAUAGAGGACCAUGAUUUUGCAAUGAGACCUGGAUUUGGAGGGUCUCCAGUACCAGUGGGUAUAGAUGUCCAAAUUGAAAGCCUUGACAGCAUUUCGGAGGUUAACAUGGACUUUACAAUGACCUUUUAUCUCAGACAUUACUGGAAAGAUGAGAGGCUCUCCUUUCCUAGCACAACAAACAAAAGCAUGACCUUUGAUCAUAGAUUGAUCAAAAAGAUUUGGGUGCCUGACAUAUUUUUUGUCCAUUCUAAAAGAUCAUUCAUCCAUGAUACAACUGUGGAGAACAUCAUGCUACGUGUAUACCCUGAUGGAAAUGUCCUUUUCAGUCUCAGGAUAACUGUUUCAGCCAUGUGCUUUAUGGAUUUCAGCAGGUUUCCUCUUGACACUCAAAACUGUUCCCUUGAACUGGAAAGCUAUGCCUACACCGAAGAGGAUUUAAUGCUGUACUGGAAACAUGGGAACAAGUCCUUAAAUACUGAUGAACAUAUUUCCCUGUCUCAGUUCUUCGUUGAGGAGUUCAGUGCAUCCAGCGGAUUCGCUUUCUACAGCAGCACAGGUUGGUACAAUAGGCUUUUCAUCAAUUUUGUGCUAAGGAGGCAUAUCUUCUUCUUCGUGCUACAAACCUAUUUCCCAGCAAUAUUGAUGGUGAUGCUUUCAUGGGUUUCAUUUUGGAUUGACCGAAGAGCUGUUCCUGCAAGAGUUUCUCUGGGAAUCACCACAGUGCUGACCAUGUCCACCAUCAUCUCUGGCAUGAGUGCCUCCAUGCCCCAGGUGUCCUACAUCAAGGCCGUGGACGUGUACCUGUGGGUCAGCUCCCUCUUUGUGUUCCUGUCAGUCAUUGAGUAUGCAGCUGUGAACUACCUCACCACAGUGGAAGAGUGGAAACAAUUCAAGAAGACAGGGAAGAUUUCUGGAAUGUAUAAUAUUGAUACAUUUCAAGCCAUGGCCUUUGACGGUUGUUACCAUGACAGCAAGACUGAAAUGGACCAGACUUCCUUUUCUCUACACUCAGAAGAGGACGCCAUGCGAGGAAGAUCCACAGGUAGUCCCAGCACAGAUACAUCUCAGAUAAAAAGAAGACAAUCCUUAGGAGGGCAUAUUGGUACAAUCAUUCUGGAAAAUAAUCAUGUCAUUGACACCUACUCAAGGAUUUUAUUUCCCACUGUGUAUAUUGCAUUUAAUUUAUUUUACUGGGGUGUAUAUGUGUGAGGAAGAAUUCCCAAUGUAUAAUACUCAUUUUGGAAUCAGAGUAGGUUAACAACAACAACAACAACAAACAACUCUUGACUAUGAGUUGGACUGUACUUGAUUCAACCGCGAGUCAGCCAGUCAGUCACCUCUCUUGGCCUAUAGAAGAUUUUAAAGUUGACUGAUUUACAUCUAGGAAAGAGUUUAAGGUCCCUGGAGAAUUUGAUUCCAUACAUAAGAGUCACAGGCAUGCAUAUUACAGAAAAAUUUCCACAGGGAUGGGCUUUGUAACUACUUCGCCUAGACCCUCCUUGCUUUCUAAAUGUAAACGUUUUGUAUUUAAGCAAUAAAGUUGGACUAUGA